UGCAAUUUCCCGGAGCCCAAAGUGAUCAGUCUUCAGAUCGCUUGUCAAAGGUCAAAGUUUGUGACUAUGGGUUCUUUGUCUUAGCCUUUGGUAAUGUUUGAUUGAUUGUUUUCACGUUUUAUUGCCUCUCUUCACUCAUCAGAUCCUUUUGCAUAAAGUUUUUUUUUUUUUUUUUUUAUGCUGCUCUACUUUUUUUAUUCAGCUCAGGCUCUCUGGCCUUUGCUUUCAUUUUUCUGUGAAGCACUUAAUAACUUUGUUAAGAAAAGUGCUAUAUAAAUAAGGUUAUAGUUACUAUUAUUAUUAUGUCUGAUCAAAACUGAAUUCAGGUACAAAUGGUAUAAGGUAUAUGGUUUUUCUUAACUGACCCACACCUUUAACCGAUCACUGAAAUUGUUGAUAAGUAAUCAUUAAUGAACUAAUUUGUAAAAUUUUUUAGGCUUUUCAAAAACUGUUCAGACAUAAACAAUCAACUUGGACUCCGUGGACUGAAAAUUUUGAUCUGCAUUGAUUAUCCGUUUUUUUAAUCUUUUUAUAUAUUGUUUGAACAGUGGCAGAUUAACUGUAAAUUAAACAAUCAUUAGUUGCAGUGUGUUUGUUUCAUUACAUUUGUCCAUUGUGUUUUAUACGUCCCAAGAUGUUGACACUCCCCUCAUGAACUGUUGCUGUGAACUAACCAACUACAUCAAUGUACAUUUCACCGCCCCCCUCUUCCUUUUUCUUCCUCCAGACCUUUUAUGAAGACCCUCGUUACAUCCUCUUCAUCCACAUGGUGAUAAAUGACGCCAUCCAGCUGACCGUCACCAUCACACUUUUUAUCCUCAGCUACAUCUUCUACAAGAUUAACGUCUCUUUCUGCUGCUCAUUUAUCCUGGUGGCGGUCUUCACCACCAGAAACACCCCGGUUAACUUAGCAGGCAUGGCCAUCGAGCGCUACAUUGCUAUUUGCGAACCUUUCCGCCACUCCCAAAUCUGCACUGUGAGAAGAACCUACAUGGUCAUCGGGCUGAUUUGGUUUAUAUGUGUGGCCCCAGAUAUCACAGAUCUAUUUGUGACGCUGGCGACUGAGUCCCUGAGCUUCUUUCACGGGUCGGUGUUCUGCUUGCGUCAGAAUGUGUUCAAAGACCCGAUCCUUGCAUACAAGAGACAAGCCUUUGAUAUCAUCUACUUCUCCUGCGUGUUUCUGACCCUAAUCUUCACCUACUUGAGAAUCAUGUUUGCAGCCAGGGCCAUCUCCACAGAGAAGACGUCAGCACAGAGAGCCAGGAACACCAUCCUGCUCCAUGGUGUCCAGCUGGCCAUGUGCCUGCUCUCCUACAUCUCCCCCAGUGUGGAGCUGGUUCUACAUCUCAUCUUCCCAGGACGAAUCCUAGAAAUCAGAUUUGCAAACUACCUGAUCGUCUACAUCCUGCCCCGCUUUCUGAGCCCAAUCAUCUACGGUGUUAGAGACAAAAAGUUCAGGAAGUACUUCAAGAUGUACCUUCUGAGCAACAGCUGCAGGGACAAACUGCAGAGAGUGGCCCCCCAGCACAACAAAUAA